GGGCGCGCGCGGCGGCGGCGGCGCGUUCCGUUCCGUUCCGGCCGGAGGCUCGCAGCGGAAAAGUUGCGAGGCUGAGGAGCAGCCCGGGGACUGGCAGCGAGCACGACGCCAAGCCGGCUCCCGGCGCCCGCAGCCUCGCCAUGGACGACCUCGACGCUCUGCUGGCAGACUUGGAGUCUACCACCUCCCACAUCUCCAAACGGCCUGUGUUCUUGUCCGAGGAGACCCCCUACUCAUACCCAACUGGAAACCACACGUACCAGGAGAUUGCCGUGCCACCUCCUGUCCCUCCACCACCGUCCAGCGAGGCCCUCAAUGGCACCAUCCUUGACCCCUUAGACCAGUGGCAGCCCAGUGGUUCCCGAUUCAUCCACCAGCAGCCUCAGUCCCCAUCACCUGUGUACGGCUCCAGUGCCAAAGUUUCCAGUACCUCCAACCCCCAGGACGACAUCGGUGUCUCUCCGUGUUCCCGAGUGGGUGAGGAGGAGCACGUCUACAGCUUCCCCAACAAGCAGAAGUCAGCUGAGCCCUCACCCACUGUAAUGAGCUCCUCUUUGGGCAGCAAUCUUUCUGAACUUGACCGUCUACUGCUGGAGCUGAAUGCUGUACAGCAUAACCCCCCAGGCUUCCCUGCAGAUGAGGCCAACUCAAGCCCCCCACUGCCUGGGGCCCUGAGCCCUCACUAUGGCAUCCUGGAGAAUAACAGCCCCCUGGGGGGCAAAGCCGGGCCCCUGACAAAAGAGAAGCCCAAGCGGAACGGGAGCCGGGGCCUGGAGGACGUGCGGCCUAGCGUGGAGAGUCUCUUGGAUGAACUGGAGAGCUCUGUGCCCAGCCCCGUCCCUGCCAUCACUAUGAACCAGGGUGAGAUGAGCAGCCCUCAGCGAGUCACCUCCAGCCAGCAGCAGACACGCAUCUCGGCCUCCUCUGCCACCAGAGAGCUGGACGAGCUGAUGGCCUCGCUAUCGGAUUUUAAGACCAGCUCCUCCGUGGUGGCCCUGAGCUUCCCAGGGCUGCCGGCCAGCUCUGCUUCGUCCCCACACUGCACACUUCCUCCUUCUUCCAUGCCUUCUGUAUUCCUGCCAUACACCACUAAACCCUCCCCUCGAGGCCAGGGCCACACCCUGGAGGUCCCCUGCACUGAGCAGAAUGGACAGCAUCUUCGUCUUCCACCUCCUGUGGCCCCCAGCUGGGUUGACUUGGCUGGCCUUGGGGUGACAGCUAAUACUCCCAACUCAAGAGCUCCCUCUGUGGAGGGUUCUCUGGGGCUCUUUGAUGUAGAGAGCCAGGCUCAAGAUUGGAGGGACCUGCCAAACCCCACAAGUGAGUUUUCUAGGGCUCCCCCCUGCCGCACUCUACUCUGUGCUGGGUACACAGGUCCCCAGGAGCCUGGAGACCCCCAGGGGCCACUGGCCAACCCUUUGUGCCCAGAGGAGGUCGUGGCUGCCACUUGGGAGCGGCCGUGGACUUUGGAGGCAUUCAGGCCUGAGAUUCCCCGUGGAGCUGCUCGUACCUUCCAGGAAGUAACUGAGCCAGCUGUGGUGGCAGUGGACCGUCAGGCUGUCUUCCCAGAUACCUGGAGUCUCACAAAGGAACAUGACCAGCGGGAGGAGAGGGCAAGGCCAGAGCUGGGGGCGCUGGAAAGUAGCUGCCCCACCCCAGUUGACAAGGAGCAGUUAGGUGGAAAGAUGCACAUGAGGGGAAGCCUGGUCGGGCCAGCCCUGGGACCUGAGACCUCCAGGAGCUCAGAGGGCACUACUGAAGCUGCCACCAAGGCCAGGAAGGAGCAGCCGGAGCUUCCACCUGAUACAGUCAUGGGCACACCCAACACCAUGGAGAGGAUUUCCACCUCUGGCCAGAUCCGCUCCGUGAUCAGGAGGAGCCGGGAGACAGACCAUGCACACCCCAUGUCCCGGGAGCCGUCCCCUCGCCGCCGGCUGGACCCCGCCAACCUGAGCAGGACCCCAUCCCAGGAGCAGCUCAUCGCAGAGCUGCAGGGUCGGCUGGGCAUCCAGCCGGAGGCGGAGGAGGCAGCAGGGGCCUCUGUCCAGGACUGGCUGACCGAGGGCAUCGUCAUCACUGUGCAGCCUCGUGGGAGGCAGGCUGGGGGGCAGCUGGUAGAGAAGGUUGUCUUCCCUCCUGGCUCUCCCAUUCCCCUGAGAAGAACCAUCUCUGUUCUGGCUUCUCCUCCUUCUGUCCCUUUGUUCCAGCAUCGCAAAGACACCUCGGCCAGCAGCUCUUCUCCCCUGCCCAGCCUGCCUGCUCCCUUCUCCCUGGGGCCCUCAACUUGCACCCAUGGUUCUCCUAGAGUCCAGAGUGCAGGGAGAGCACCCCCUGAUGAGGGUAUGCAGGGCCCCACCUCGCCCACUCCUGCACCCCACGCCUUGAGGUCCGUUGGCUGCCAGACCGAUGAGGACCCGCUCUUCCCCCCAAUGCAGAUGCAAGGCCUGGAACAAAGAGUGGAUAGAGAGCUGUGCUGGGCAGCUUGCUGGCCUCUGAAUGGCCAGCAGAGCAGACCCACAGGGCAGGAUGAGGGAGGGUUUAUGGCCCAGGGGAAGACAAGGAGCAGCUCACCUCCUGGGGGGCCCCCAAAGCCUGGGAGCCAACUGGACAGCAUGCUGGGGAGCCUGCAGUCCGACCUGAACAAGCUGGGAGUUGCCACGGUCGCGAAAGGGGUCUGCGGGGCCUGCAAGAAGCCCAUUGCUGGGCAGGUCGUGACUGCCAUGGGGAAGACGUGGCACCCAGAGCACUUUGUCUGCACCCACUGUCAGGAGGAGAUCGGAUCCCGGAACUUCUUUGAGCGGGAUGGACAGCCCUACUGUGAAAAGGACUAUCACAACCUCUUCUCUCCGCGCUGCUACUACUGCAAUGGUCCCAUCCUGGAUAAAGUGGUGACAGCCCUUGACCGGACGUGGCACCCUGAGCACUUCUUCUGUGCCCAGUGUGGUGCCUUCUUUGGUCCUGAAGGAUUCCACGAGAAAGAUGGCAAGGCCUACUGCCGGAAGGAUUAUUUUGACAUGUUUGCACCCAAAUGUGGUGGCUGCGCCCGGGCCAUCCUGGAGAACUACAUCUCGGCCCUCAACACGCUUUGGCAUCCUGAGUGCUUUGUGUGCCGGGAAUGCUUCACGCCAUUCGUCAAUGGCAGCUUCUUCGAGCACGACGGGCAGCCCUACUGCGAGGUACACUACCACGAGCGGCGUGGCUCGCUCUGCUCCGGCUGCCAGAAGCCCAUCACCGGCCGCUGCAUCACCGCCAUGGCCAAGAAAUUCCACCCGGAGCACUUCGUCUGUGCCUUCUGCCUCAAGCAGCUCAACAAGGGCACCUUCAAGGAGCAGAACGACAAGCCUUACUGUCAGAACUGCUUCCUCAAGCUCUUCUGCUAGGCACCCCCACCCCUUCAUCUGCCCCCUUCCCUAGCCAAGCACCCCUGACUGCUACUGUGACCCAGAGGCCUCAUCCAGGGUGAAGGGGCAAACCCAACUGAAACUGGAACCCUCGUCCUCAGCAGGUGCAGGAUGGGAAGAGGGCCGCGAGGGGUCCCACCAUUUGUCUUCACCCCUGCCAGAGCCCCUGGGCCUCCUUCCUCACCCUGCAGCUCUCCCUAGGCUGUGUACUCUUCAUCCUCCCAGGAGGUGGAGGCUGGGGGCCCCACAACAUGUGUGUCCCCAGGAACCAGCCUGGCCAGGCCAGCACCCCACACUGGAGCCGGUGGUGGGGGAGGGCAGGCAGCAUCAGAUGGGGUCUCUUUUUAUCCUUAUUUCUCCACCGACCUCAUUGAUUAUCCUUGUUCUGAGAGUACUGGGGGACACCCAGCUCCCUCCAGACAAUGCCAGCGUAAAUCCAUCCAUCCAAGGGUAGAAGUACCCAAGGGGUCGUGGAAGGUUCCUUGGGCUCCUCCUGCUCUUCCAGUCUCCCCGGGCCUGGGUGACUGCCCUCCUCUUUUUACCUCGACCUCCCCUUUUGUAACUGCUCUGGUUCUACUGAGAAAGGCCUCUCCAGCAAUAAUGUUUUAUAGUCACUUCCUUCAUCUCCAGGGACGGCGUGAGGUGGGGAGCAUCACCCGUGCCUGGACACUGUACCGACUUUGGUAGAUUUCUACACUGAGGUUUGAAUUCAUAUCACCUGAGUUGCUUUUACUUCUCUAUAUGAAAUGAUUUUGAAGAGAUUUUAAAGAUGUUCCCUUUUGUACUCUCCUUGUCCACUGCCACUGGUCCUGUUGGUGAUGGUGGCUUUGGUAUGGAGUUUGCUUUGUACUGAGGGCUUAGGGUGGGGAAGCAAUUUGUAUUUUAUUUUUUCUUAGCACAAGCAGGUGAACUGGGAGCAGCUACAUGACUCCUCCUCUUUAACUUAACAGCUCACCAGGACUGUUUUAUAAACUGCUGUAUUUUGAAACUCCUUCCUUACUCCCCAGGCCAGCAAGCUCUUCACUAAAACUGGCCUGAGGGUGUCCUGCCCUUUUGGGCCUAGAAUUCUGAACCUCAUCUGUCCUGUAUCUGAGGGAGAAGAGGAGAGUACACUUAGAGGGGGGCUGCUUCCCUUCUGAGUAAGCCAUUAGGAGCUUUUGCUCCCCUGUGAACUUUUUGGCAACAAAGAGAACCCACUGAACACUCUACGCCUCCUCACUGCUUCUCUGGGACUCCUUCUUCUGCCUUCUCAGGAAAGCUGGUAUGUGAUUUAGACCAUAAAGACCAUGAAGGUCUCUUUGGUCUUAUUGAUUCCACUGGGCCUCAGCACUUCCCCAGAAGUGCUUCUCCUGCCCUUCCUGGAAACUGGGUGUAGCUUCUUCCCCAUUUACAAAUGGGAUCGACUCUCAGGAGGUCUGGGGAGAAGGGCCGAGGUGGUUGCAAGAGGGCCUGAUGGGAUUUUGGGCAGAGGGUCAGGAUCCCGCUAGAACAACAGGAAGCCCCCAGACCUAUUUCUCAAGGAUGAACUAGGAGCAGCCAGGCCUGGUGUUCCUGGUCAACAAAAAGGGACCCCAGUGGAGUAUGAAGGUGAGGAAGACCCUUCCACUAGCCUCCUAGUAGAGUCUGAGUGCACUAGGGUCUCAGAAGAGGGUCCCUCCUUUUUCGCAACCCAGGUCUGGGGAGUUAGCCUGGCCCCUCCAAAGGUCCGAUGUCUCCACUUCCACCCGUAGGCCUUAUUGCUCUGUUUACAGUGACCCACCCCAAACCCCUCCCCAAAAGAGACUGUGGUUUCUGGGCUCCACUGUCUGGGUCAAUGGUUAUUUGAUGAUAUGAUUUUGAUUUUUUUUUUUUUUCUGUAAACUUCUAACCUGGCUUUUCCCAUUUCAAUUCCUGUGAUUUAUGCCAAUAAAGUUUGCCAUUAUUUUCACCUGUGCUAGUGCUGUUUCUUGAUGGUCUGAGAUAACAACAUAGCAGUCCCAGCAGAGAGCCAAACCCUCCCCAGAUUCACUUUUAUCACCAGAUCGAGGGUGAAUCAUUAAUGUUCCUUUACUUGAGGCUAAAAUCUGUGGGGAUGGAAUCCAGGUCCUUGCCUGUGGUCACAGUUCCUACAUUGCUCCUUCAUGAACUUUGCUCUUUCCUGGGCACUUGGUAAAGGAAGGUUGGGGAGCAGUGUUAUUGGACCCUGGGUGGGGCAGGCCUCACCCUAGGUGCUUUCAUGUGCAUUCACUGAGGACAUCCUCACAUGGGCCUGUGGGUGGCCUUCCACUCAUUUACAGAUGGGGAAAGAGGUUCCAAGAGGAGAACUGACAUGCACAGGGCAAUCCCCUGAGUGAGAGUAGAGGCAUGAUGUGAACCCAGGGCUUGCCUUUGCUUGUGUUCCUAUGUUGAGCCAGACACCGCCACACUGGAGCUGACAGCACCUUGGGUGUAGCCCCUUCCUUGCUGAAGGCAGCUACUUACAGUUGAGGGUGGGUCUCUACUGCCUCCAUAUUUGUACGCUUCCUCUUUGCUUUCA